UCUCUCAAAAAAUCAUCUUCAUUCUCCGAUCAAAGGCGGCGAUCAACCACCUCCUCAACUGUAUAUAAAACACAAACCCAAUCCAAUUCAGCUUUUCAAUCUUCGAUCUCUCCAUCACAUAUUUCCCUUCCCAAAUUAGAAUCAUAGAAGCGUUCUACACUCAAUCACGCAUAAAAUGGAGGCCCUCACCACCACAUCCGCCGCCGCCGUAUCGCUGGCGAUGUUCUCCACCGAUAAAUUCAGAGACCCUUCUUCCCGGCGAGCUCUGCGCUUCUCCACCUCCGCCAAAAAUGAUAGAAACAGCGGCAACGGCAACGGCGAUCCCGAUCUCAAGCUCGUCCCAAUCCUCGGAAAUCAUACGCUUUCGGAGGAUGCGGCGAUGGGGCUGGUUCUGAGCGCGGCCAACGUGAGGGGAUGGACGACCGGGUCGGGUAUGGAAGGCCCGUCGUCGCCGGCCGGGUCGGGCCUUGAUUCGGGAAUGGAGCGUGUGUCCACUUUCCCGUGGUCACUCUUCACUAAAUCUCCGCGGCGGCGGAUGCGCGUGGCCUUCACGUGCAACGUCUGUGGCCAGCGCACAACCCGGGCGAUCAACCCACAUGCCUAUACCGACGGCACCGUCUUUGUUCAGUGUUGUGGAUGCAAUGUAUUCCAUAAACUGGUGGACAAUUUGAAUCUUUUCCACGAGAUGAAGUGCUAUGUGGAUCCAAGCUUCAAUCCAAAUGCGAACGAUGGCAUGAGCUUCAAGUUCUUUGACAUGGACGAGGACGAGGACAAGGGCGAUGAUAUCUUUCCGGGUAUAUGAGAGGUGUGACUUGUAUUUGUAUACUCAACUUUGUUCUACAUUCUAUUGACUGUAACAUAGUGUUUGUAGAUAGUGAUAAUGUGAUCUUGGUGUUGCCACAAUAAAUAGCAUACAUGUGUAAAGCUUAGUGUUUGAUAUAUAUCAGUAUACUUGGGUUUCUCCAA